AUGACCUCGGCCAACACUCGGCAAGAAGUCGAACCAGAGCCAGUAAUUCUACCAACAAAUGCUGAUGACCUGGAAACACCUGGAACCAGCUCGGCAAAACCAGCUAGUGCUAGCUCACCAUCGGAUCUUGCUGGGCUGUCGUCUGGGUUGUUUGGAAAGACUAAACGAGCCUUCUCCACGUACUACUACAACAAGUACUGUUGGCUUGAAUACUCGGUUUUAAAGGAUGCUGUCUUCUGUUUCGCCUGCCGCCACUUCCAGACUGACAGCAGUGUGGAAGAAUCGUUCCGAAAGGGCGUAACUGGGAUCGUGGACGCCAUAAACACUGGAUUGGAGAUCUGCGGACUGAAAAACAUCCCAAUUGUUGCCCAGAGCUACGAUGGCGCCGCCGGCCAAGUGUCUGGAGUGCAGCAGCGCAUUAAAGAGAAGCAUCCAUACGCAGUGACGGUGUUUGCUUUGGUAUGCACUCUGACACUGAUGGUAGCCAGCCCAGACACCAGAUACAGCAAGGCUGGUCUUUACGCCAUCUUUGCUACGCAAAGCAAUGACUUUGCAUUAGGAUACCCAAUAGUGGAUGCUCUGUACAGAACUACAUAUCCAGAGUAUCUCCAGUAUAUAUACCUGGUAGCGCCCGUCUCCCUCAUGUUUCUCAAUCCCAUCGGUUUUGCACUGUGUGAGGUGCAGAGGUGGAGACAAACUUGUGGACCACAGCGCAGAACCCUUUCUAUUCUGGGAGUUGUAGUUUUACAGGUGUUGACAAACCCCAUAGUGUUCAUGGUGGUGGUGGGCUUGGUGUCCCACUUCGCUCUGGGCCAGAAGAUCCCUCUGGUUCUGGUGCAGUUCAUCGACGGGCUGGCGGACUCCUUUGGGGGAGCGGCUCUGUUCUACCUGACCAUGGUGGAGCAACUAAGAAAGCUAACUAGGGACUCUGGAGUGGCCCUGAUAGUUUUGAUCACAGCCAAACUCCUGGUCAUGCCCCUGAUCUGUAAGGAGAUGGUGGAGCUGCUGGACGGUGGCGCGGCUGACAGCAGCAGAGCCAACCAUAGCAGCUUGUCUAACUUUGCCUUCCUGUAUGGGGUGUUCCCCACGGCACCCAACGUAGCUCUCUACACCUCCCAAUUCAACAUGGAGCUGGAGGUGGUGACAUCAGGGAUGGUCAUCAGUACGUUUUUAUCGGCGCCAAUCAUGUAUGUGUCGGCAUGGUUACUAACGAUCCCCAUGAUGGACCCCAUCCUGCUGGUGAUGGAGCUGCAGAAUGUUAGCUUCAACAUUAGCAUAGUCUGCCUCAUAGCACUGGUGUGGACCAUCACAGUAACACUGCUAAGUAAGAAGUUCAACAGGCUCCCUCAUCUCUUCACUUUAAACCUUUUCCUGGCACAGUUCCUUGUAUGUUUCAGUAUGAUCCUGUGGAACUUUGUGGUGCAACAUGAAGACAUUCUGCUUGGCAAAGUUCUAACCUUCGUCCUGCUCUACGGCUCUCUGUACAGCACCUACAUCUGGGCUGGUCAGUCGUUUACACGCACAAUAAAUUCAUCUUACGUUAAGAUUGCUACCAUUGCUGCUACUGCUACCAACACUUGUUGCUACCACUACCGAUACUGCUACCUUUUGCAACAUGGUUAUUGCUACCACUACUGCUACCGUACCAACACUUUUGCUACCGAUGAGUCUUGUUUUUUCUGCUUCUUCUGUUUGGGCUUUUGUUUGUUGUCAAACUUCAUUUUCCUUUUAGCUGUAGACCUUCCUUUCUCAGCCUCCAGUUGUUCUUUCACAGGAGUAUCUGUAAGGACAGCGGUUUCCCUUCUUUUCCUGCCCUUUGUCGUCUGCUUUCUUGGGCCAGCUUUUGGGUGUGGACGGAUGGACACGGGUGAAAAAGUUGUGUCCAUAGCAGAGGUUGAUGGCUCAGACACCACACAUGGUGUGACAGGGGAUGUUGCUCUAUGUGGCACGGAGGAUGCCACCGUUGCCACAUUGGGUGAUGGAGCUGAAGAGGAGGAUGGAACCUCUGGUGUCACUGCUGGUGAUUUGGUGCACCUGAUCUAA